AUGUUCUCACCAUCACAAGGUGACUCCUCUCCUUCGCUUCUUGGCCGCCCACCUCGUAAUCAACAGCAAUUCCCACAAUAUGGCAACGACUACUACGACACCCACGAGCAGGGCCACCUUGACUGGGUCACCGAUCUCACAUCGUCGCCACCCAGGCUGGGCCAGGAGCUGCCGCCUAUGAAGCGCUCCAAAACGGUGUACCGACCCCAUUCUAACCUGUCGACGUCAAGCCGGCUUACACUGCCUGGAGGCGACGGCGGAGGAUAUCCUAUGAUGGAGCGCUCCGAGUCAAACACAAGCAUCCGGUAUCGCCAGGCACAGAAGCGGGGCGCUAAGGAGGUUCUCUUGCGACAGAACAAGAACGCCACGCGUGCGCUGCUCAUCCAGCCCAGACCCGUCAACGGCAGAAGCAGCAGUAGUAGCAGCGGACGAAGCUAG